AUGACGCCUGUAUCGAAACCUCCAGAGAAAAAGCAGAAGUCUUUAACUGCAUUCUUCACGCCAAGGGCUGCCAAUGGCACUGCGUCACAAUCCUCUCAGAAGCCUGCGGUGCCAUCUUCGCCGACUCCCGCAAGAGACCGGGAUCUGCCAUCACGAAAACGGCCUUUCGAAAAAGAUAGCGAACAAUCCGACAGCAUUGCUGAGAAUGCAACAAAGAGAACCAAGGGUCCUGAGGCUAGCAAUGAGAAAAGCUCCUUUUUCAACAAAGAUUCCGCUGUUGCCACAGCUCCUAGCAACCAAAGUCCUUCAUCCACACGAGUACGACGUUACCAUUACAAUGACACGAAUUCACAAGAAGAUAUCGGUCACGAGAGCGAUAAUGACGACGAAGCAACGAAAAGGAAUAAUGAAGAGCUGCACAGGAAAUUUGUCAAGAAAUUGGGCCAUCCAGAUGCCUUGGCUUGGCGUUCCUUGAAAGCACAGGACGGCGCCCCAGCCGGUGAUGAUGAGGAUGCCGACGCAGAUCCCGAAGAAGACGAGGCUCCGGUUGCCUCCAAGGCCAAGAAGAAGGGAUCGAAGACAGGAAAGCUAACACCGAUGGAGCUGCAAUUCCUGGAAAUCAAGCGGAAACACAUGGACACUGUAUUGAUCGUCGAGGUUGGGUACAAGUUUCGAUUUUUUGGUGAAGAUGCUCGGGUGGCUGCCAAAGAGCUAAGCAUCGUAUGCAUACCGGGUAAAAUGCGAUAUGAUGAGCAUCCUUCGGAGGCUCACUUGGAUCGUUUCGCGUCGGCCAGCAUCCCGGUUCACCGAUUACCCGUUCACGCCAAGCGACUCGUCGCUGCCGGCCACAAAGUCGGAGUCGUGCGGCAACUCGAGACUGCGGCGCUGAAGAAAGCCGGCGACAACAGAAAUGCCCCCUUUGUCCGCAAGCUCACCAAUGUCUACACAAAAGGGACAUAUAUCGAUGAGAAUGGAGAGCUGGAUAGCCAAGACGCCUCUGCCCCUUCUGGAGGCUAUCUGCUUUGCAUCACAGAAACGGCAACCAAAGGCUCUGGCGCAGAUGAAAACGUGAAUGUCGGUAUUCUGGCCGUGCAACCCGCUACUGGCGAUAUCAUCUAUGACACCUUUGAGGACGGCUUUAUGCGAAGCGAGAUUGAGACACGCCUCUUGCACAUAUCACCCUGCGAGUUCGUCAUUGUGGGCGAUCUCACCAAAGGCACAGAUAAGUUGAUAUUGCAUCUGUCAGGCAGCAGUACCAACGUCUUUGGCGACCGCAGUCGCGUUGAGCGUGUACCCAAAAGCAAAACCAUGGCUGCCGAGGCCUAUUCGCAUGUCACGCAAUUCUACGCCGACAAAGUAAAGGAGGCAUCAGACAACGAGACCGCGAGUGCUCUACUUGACAAGGUCUUGAAGCUUCCUGAGGCGGUCACCAUCUGUCUAUCCGCCAUGAUUACCCACCUACAGGAAUACGGCCUAGAGCACAUAUUCGGUCUGACGAAAUACUUUCAGAGCUUCAGUACGCGAUCCCACAUGUUGGUUAAUGGUACAACCCUAGAAAGCCUCGAAAUCUACCGCAACUCCACCGAUCACUCCCACAGGGGUAGUCUCUUCUGGGCCGUUGACAAGACUCUCACUCGGUUCGGCCAGCGCCUUCUCCGAAAAUGGGUCGGCCGCCCCUUGUUGGACAGAGAGCGUUUAGAAGAGCGUCUUGCCGCCGUGCAGGAGCUUCUCGACAAGCAGUCCACUUCCCCUGUCGACGAUUUAGAAAGACUCCUCUCCACGACCAAAGCAGAUCUUGAACGCAGUCUCAUUCGCAUCUAUUACGGUAAAUGCACCAGGCCAGAGCUCUUAACCGCGCUCCAAAACUUGCAAAAGAUUGCCAGUCAUUACUCCUCUACCAAGUCACCCUCUGAUGUUGCCUUUGAUUCGCCCCUAAUCGUCAAUGCCAUCGUCGCCUUGCCCAAGAUCCUGGAUACAGUCAUCUCCUACCUUGAUCGCAUUAACAUGUAUGCUGCCAAGAAAGACGAUAAAUACGGCUUCUUCCGAGAGGAGUUCCACACCGAUGAAAUUCAAGACCACCAGAUGGGAAUUGCCCACGUCGAGCACGAACUCGACGAACACCGCGCCGUCGCCGCACAAAAGAUUAAACAAAAGACGGUCGAAUACGUUACUGUUGCAGGCAUCGAAUAUCUCAUCGCCGUUCCCAACAAGGACAUCAAGAACGUCCCCGCCUCUUGGAGCAAAAUCUCCGGCACAAAGGCCCUCUCGCGCUUCCACACCCCCGAGGUCAUCCGUCUCAUUACCGAGCGUGACCAGAGUCGCGAAGCCCUCGCUGCGGCCUGCGACAAGGCCUUUAAAGACUUCCUGGCCGAAAUAGCUGCCGAAUACCAGCCUCUGCGCGAUGCCAUCUCCGCCCUCGCCACUCUCGACUGCCUCCUCUCCCUCUCCAAAGUCGCCGCUCAGCCAGGCUACAGCAAACCCACAUUCCUCCCCUCCACCUCCGAACCAUCCAUCUCCAUCUCCCAAGGCCGCCACCCCAUAGCGGAGCAGACCCUUGAGAGCAGCUACAUCCCCUUCACCACCACUCUCGCUCACCCAUCCGCCCUAGCCCACCUCAUCACUGGCCCCAACAUGGGCGGCAAAUCCUCCUUUGUCCGCGCCGUCGCCCUCAUCGUCCUCCUCUCCCAGAUCGGCUCCUUCGUCCCCGCCGACUCCCUCACCCUCACCCUCUGCGACGCCAUCCACACCCGCGCCGGCGCAAGAGACAACCUCUUCGCCGGUGAAUCCACUUUCAUGGUCGAGGUAUCCGAAACAGCCCGCAUCUUGCGCUCCGCCACCCCGCGCAGCCUCGUCAUCCUGGACGAGCUCGGCCGCGGCACCAGCACCCACGAUGGCGCCGCCAUUGCUCAGUCUGUCCUGCACCACGUUGUGACCGAAACGAGGUGUCUCACUCUCUUCAUCACCCAUUACCAAAACCUCGCUCGCAUUGCAGACGGCCUGCCUGGCGUCACCAAUGUCCACAUGAAAUUCAAUGCGCAGAAAGGAGAGGAUGGCGAAGAGGAAAUUACUUUUUUAUAUGAGGUAGGAGAAGGUAUUGCCCAUCGCUCGUAUGGGCUAAAUGUCGCCCGUUUAGCCCGUAUUCCUAAGAAGGUGCUUGAUGUCGCUGCGGAAAAGUCAAAACAACUGGAAAAUGAGAUGAGGCGGCGAAGGUUACAAGGAGCAUAUAGGACGCUUGCCGAAGUCAUGGAAGCUGGCUCGGACCAAUUAGAUCAUCUGGUGUCCGCUAUAGAACAGCUAUAA